AACACCCCGUGUGCUCUUGGGCAGCGUGACGGUGCAAGCCGCGACCGUUCUAUAAAAGGCCGCCUACUGCACUGGUCAGACAACAGUCCGCAACAUGAGGUGCCUGACACAGAUCGCUCUCGCAGCCGUGCUCUGCGUCCUCCUCCUCUCCUGGACGGAUGCUUCACCGACGCCAGAUGUUAAUGAAGAAGCCGUGAAAGUUCACGAAGAGAAGGUACCAUCUGAGGAAGUACCAGCUGCUUCUCAGGCUGCAGAAGGUGAAGCAGCAGCACGUGUGAAGCGAGGAGGCGGCGGCUGCAAGACGUGCGGAGGCGGCGUUGGCGGCCACGGAGGCGGCCACGGAGGCGGCCUCGGAGGCGGCCAUCACGGGGGCGGCGGCUUUGGGGGUGGCGGCAGCGGUAGCUACUCUCAGAGCAGCUCCCAAGCCUCCAGCUCCAGCUCCAGCGGCAGCUUUGGGGGCGGCAUAGGGGGUGGCAAGCAUGGACAUGGAAAGUGAGAAGCCUGGACGUGAUCGCUUGUCUCUGCUGCUCACUGAUGCCAUUGUAACUUGGAUAAAAUAAACUUCUUUCUUAAUAUUA